AUGCAUCGUCUUGAAAGAAAGAAAAAACUAAUUGCACUGCUUAUUCUUCGACAUUUAAAAAUCGAUGACGAAGAUGAAGAAUAUAUGAUCCAUGAACAUUGGAAUUUAAAAAAGAAAGUCAGUGAGAUUUAUAAUAAACGAGAAAACGAGGGUAUUUUCAAAAUGUUGAUAAAUAACCACCUUGUCGAUGAAGAGCAACGAUUUAAAAGUUAUUUCCGAGUAACUCGUGAGAUGUUUGCCUACAUUUUGAACCUCGUAGAAGGGGAUUUGACAACUGCCUCAUACAACAGAGUAAAAACACCUAUAACUGCUGCGGAAAAAUUGGCUCUUACUCUUAGAUUUUUAGUCACAGGAGAAUCCUUUAGAUCGCUGGCAUUUGGUUACCGCAUCUCUCCUGCUAUAAGCACAUUUGUACCCAAGGUUUUGGCUGCGAUACAAAAACAACUUGUACCUAUUUUUCUACCUUCACCAGACCAUAUAAACUGGAACCAAAAGGCUGAAGAAUUUAAGAAACGUUGGGAUUUCCCUAAUUGUGUUGCAGCCAUUGACGGAAAACAUGUGAGAAUAGUGGCACAUUCUAAGUUGGGAAGUUUGUAUUUCAACUUCAAAGGAGUUUUUUCUAUUGUACUUCUUGCAAUGAUCGAUGCUAAUUGCAAGUUUGUAGUUAUUGAUGUUGGUUCGUAUGGAAAGCAGGGCGAUGCAGGCAUUUUUAAUAAGUCGAAAAUGGGGUUGUUGGUAAAAAAUGGAACUAUAUUUCCGCCCUCGACAUUCCUCCCGCAUUCUAACAUCUUGCUGCCUCACGUAAUAGUUGGCGAUGAAGCGUUCAGGUUAAGUGAGCAUAUAAUGAAGCCAUACUUAAAAGCACAAAUGUUAGAAGAUCCAAAUAAAAGGAAGUUCAAUUACCGAUUGAGCAAAGUCAGAAGAGUAUCUGAAAAUGCUUUUGGAAUUAUGUGUGCGAUUUUUAGAAUUUUUUUCACUCCCAUAAAUCUGAAACCUGAAACUGUAGACUCGGUCAUUGUAGUGUGCUGUUGCUUGCAUAACAUGCUCAGAGAUGAUUAUAUAUAUAGAAAUCCCUCCCAACUGGUUAUAUACCAAGACGUAGAAGAUUUCUGUUGA